AAAACAUUUCUAUUUCUAGCACGACAUUACUCGUCUCGUCUCCGCCAUUUUCUUUCGUUGUGACUGUGAUGGUUAAUUGGUCUGAACAUCACCCAUGAUUAAAAUCGUGAAGAUCUCUCGAUUGUUUUUUUCUCGAAAAAGCCACUUGAAUUCUGAAAUUUAGAUGUAAAUCAGCAGCAAUCAGAAUCCGGUCAUCUCUGGUGAAACGUCAGAAUGGCGACUCGAAUCAACGACUUGCUUUCACAAAAUCUUCAAUGUCCAAUAUGCCUCAAUGUGUACAAGGAACCGAAGUUACUUUCCUGCUCUCAUACCUAUUGCAAGGAAUGUCUGUCUCGGCUUUUCACGUCUCAGCAACACCGCGUUAAGUUGUCCUGCCCAGUUUGCCGUAAGGACACCGCUGUCCCCAGGGGCGACGUCGGCAACCUUCAGGUCAAUAUUCCUAUCCAGGGCAUGGUGGAUGAUGUCAAGAAUCAAAGUCAGCUAUGCACCGUCUGCAAAGACAAGGCAUUGGCUGCUACCUACUGCCAAGAGUGCGAUGACUUCAUGUGCGUCGAUUGCUACAAGACCCAUGCCAAGUGGGACAAGUUCGCCGGACAUGACGUGGUUAAGGUCGAAGACAUCAUCUCCGGCAAGGUCGUGACGAAGCAGCGUCGCAAAUGCAAGAAGCAUCGGUCGGAGGUCGAGGAGUGCUUCUGUGUCGAGUGUAAGAAGUAUGUCUGCUUCCGAUGCGGGAUGAUGGAACACACCAAGUCUGGCCACAACAUUCUGGAGGGACUGGAACAUGAAGAUCAGCAGAGGGAGAAGAUCCAUGGGUUGCAGAGCAAGAUGGGUGCCAAGAGAAGCAAGGUAGAUGAAUACAUCAGCUUCAUUGAGAGGCAACAAGCAAGGCUUCAGAUCAUUCAGGAGCAACUCGCCGAUGAGAUUAGCCAGACCUGUGAGGAAUCUAUUCAGCAACUGAAAGAGAGGAGGGAUAUUCUCAUCGAGGAAUGCAAGAGUCGUUUGAAUGUAAUGACCAAAGAGCUUCAGGUCAUGAAAGAUGAGAGUAAGUUAGAGAUGGGUCAGAUUGAGGACGUGGGGAAUUUGGUUGGGAAUGGCGUCAAGGCACCGCUGGAAGGUGAGGCUCUGGUUGCCCAUGACACUCUCUGCCAGGAACUGGAAAAGAUCCUUGCUAAGGGUGAUCCCGAUUACAGCAAGCCCAAGGGUACAACCAAGAAAGGCCACAAAGUGGCUUUUCAGCGCAUACGCUGUCAACAAGCAGGCCAAAACGAGCUUGAUCUAGGCAAGAUUGAAGAAGCUGAAUGGAGCUUCUCAAAGUCUAUCAACUUUCCUGUCAAGGAUGGCAUCAAUUGCUUGACAUCUAUGCCCGAUGGAAGAAUCGCCGCUGGAUCCCGCUUUGGUGGUCUUUAUCUAAUAUCUCCGAAUGGCUCACAUUCCAUUGGCCUUAAAGAUGUCCCGAUUAGACGGGUUGUCUUUUUCCCCAAUGGGAAUGUUGUUAUCAGAGAUAUCCACAAUACUAUCAGCACUUACUCAAAGACUUUCGCAAAGCUCGAGAUAGCCUUCAAGAGUCUUAGCAGUGAUGCUGGUGGGUAUGGUGGUCUGGAGAUUGACACCAUCAACAACACCAUCCUCUGCAGUUACACGAAAGCGAAGAAGUUGUACGUGUUCAAGCAGACCGGCGGGAAACCAGUCAAUAUCAUUCAGUUUGUAUUUGAACCCCAUGAGAUCUUCACUCUGCGUUCGGGUAGGGUCCUGGUAAUGGUCGAUGAUUUCACGGUUGGUGUUCUUGACGCCAUCAGCAGCACCAUCCAAAACCGAGUGACCAGAGAUGGUCGCUAUGCGAGCCCUGCCGUGUGCAUGGAUGGGUCUAUUCUCAUUGCCUGGGUAGAUCAUUCAAAUGGCUCUGUUUCCAUUGAGCAGUACUCACGGGAUCUCCACCAGAUCAGGUCAUUGGUUCAGAAGACGAUUCCGAUCCCGCAACAUCCCUGGUACCAUCUUCGGGAGUUCAGGUCAGGGGAACUUGGCCUUUGCUCUCCUGACCAGUUGCACAUCUUCAAAAAGACCGUUUCGGCCUGAGAUGAUCUAUCUGAUUCCUGACCAAUUUUGUCGUUUUUUCGUCUAUCAAUCUACCUUUUUUGCACAUAAACAUUAGAAAACAUAUCGCCCCAUAGAAAACGUCAUAGAUACUCGUUUCUUUUUCUUCUCUAUUUUAAUUUCAGCGGUUAGACAUGGCUUUCAUGUGG